AUGAUAGACUUAAACAGAGACUCGUUGUAUACUUACAAUCAACUGCAAAAUGGACAGUUUCUUGGAGAAUAUGUAUCUGUUGAAAGUUGGACGUUCAAAUCUUUGAAACCUGAAGAACAUGACACCUUUAAAAAAAUAGCAGAAGGCACAACUAUGGAUAACUAUGAACUAGUGUUUUUCUUUGAUGAUAGUGUCGAUGAGAUCCGAGAAUUUUACAAGCACCCCAAACAGCCUGUAGAUAAGGAAGUCACAAGUUUGCUCGUAGUUCAAGACAACGAGGAGAUGGAAGAUCGACACGAAAAAAAUGGAACAGAAGACAGAGAAUUGGAACACCAUGACAGUGGUGAAGAACAGAACAUAGUCGCUAUAAUGAGUGAAAGUAGAAAUGAACAGAAUAUAAUAGCUGAAACUCAACAAGAGGUUGAAAACCCCGUUUUUCAUGCACCACCACCUUGCCACUGUUGUUGCAAUUAUAAUCGAUGUUUGCAAUAUCUCCACUGUGACCCAUCUGUCAAAUAUGAUCCAUUAAAUCCUUGCCAGUAUUUUGCACCAAAUACCCAGUAUUUCCAACCAGAACAUCAUUUUCAGAGACAACAUUUAAAGAGAGACGCCAUUUAUCGACUUCAAUUCAACAAAAACGUUGAAUUCAUUGAAUCGUUCUUAGCAACUGUGUAA